CGCAGGCGCGUGGCGGCGGCCGAGGCGGCUGGGCCGGAGGAGGAGGCAACUGCGGCCAGCUUGGCGGUGGCGGGGCUGGCUCGGACCUCGGGGCCGCGGAGGGUUAGGGGACUUCCCGAGAACCUGUCCCCAGGCUGCAGUGACUGCGCUUUCCCUGAGUGGAAGCUGCUGGAAGGCAGACUGGCCGCCAUGUCCACGUUCAGGCAGGAAGACGUGGAGGACCACUAUGAGAUGGGGGAAGAGCUGGGCAGUGGCCAGUUCGCAAUCGUGCGGAAGUGCCGGCAGAAGGGCACGGGCAAGGAGUACGCGGCCAAGUUCAUCAAGAAGCGCCGCCUGUCGUCCAGCCGGCGGGGCGUGAGCCGGGAGGAGAUCGAGCGGGAGGUGAAUAUCCUGCGCGAGAUCCGGCACCCCAACAUCAUCACGCUGCAUGACAUCUUUGAGAACAAGACUGAUGUGGUGCUCAUCCUGGAGCUGGUCUCGGGCGGGGAGCUCUUCGACUUCCUGGCGGAGAAGGAGUCGCUGACGGAGGACGAGGCCACCCAGUUCCUCAAGCAGAUCCUGGACGGCGUGCACUACCUGCACUCCAAGCGCAUCGCCCACUUCGACCUCAAGCCAGAGAACAUCAUGCUCCUGGAUAAGGACGUGCCCAACCCGAGGAUCAAACUCAUUGACUUCGGCAUCGCCCACAAGAUCGAGGCAGGGAACGAGUUCAAGAACAUCUUUGGCACCCCCGAGUUCGUGGCUCCUGAGAUUGUCAACUAUGAGCCGCUGGGGCUGGAGGCCGACAUGUGGAGCAUCGGCGUCAUCACCUACAUCCUCUUGAGUGGCGCGUCCCCAUUCCUGGGCGAGACCAAGCAGGAGACCCUUACCAACAUCUCGGCCGUGAACUAUGACUUCGACGAGGAGUACUUCGGCAACACCAGCGAGCUGGCCAAGGACUUCAUCCGCCGGCUGCUGGUCAAAGACCCCAAGCGGAGAAUGACCAUCGCCCAGAGCCUGGAGCACUCCUGGAUCAAGGCGAUCCGGCGGCGGAACGUGCGCAGCGAGGACAGCGGCCAGAAGCCGGAGCGGCGGCGCCUGAAGACCACACGGCUAAAGGAGUACACCAUCAAGUCGCACUCGAGCAUGCCGCCCAACAACACCUACGUCAACUUCGAGCGCUUCUCCAAGGUGCUGGAGGAGGUGGCGGCGGCCGAGGAGGGCCUACGUGAGCUGGAGCGCAGCCGGCGGCUGUGCCACGAGGACGUGGAGGCGCUGGCCGCCAUCUACGAGGAGAAGGAGGCCUGGUACCGCGAGGAGAGUGACAGCCUGGGCCAGGACCUGCGGCGGCUGCGGCAGGAGCUGCACAAGACCGAGGCGCUUAAGCGGCAGGCGCAGGAGGAGGCCCGGGGCGCCCUGCUGGGGACCAGCGGGCUCAAGCGCCGCUUCAGCCGGCUCGAGAACCGCUACGAGGCGCUGGCCAAGCAGGUGGCCUCCGAGAUGCGGUUCGUGCAGGACCUGGUGCGCGCCCUGGAGCAGGAGAAGCUGCAGGGUGUGGAGUGCGGCCUCCGCUAGGUGGCCCCGGGGCGCUCGGGCACCGGGCCUGGGCUGGGGACGGCUCCAUGUGGGCCUCGGUUCCCCUGUCAUCCCGUUCCAGCCCUUGCCAAGCCCUGGGCUGGGGGCUGAGGCGGGAAGAGCCCAGGAAAGCUGAGGCCCAGCUCUGCUGCCAGUGCUUUGUCCCCAGGAGGGACAGAAUCCCACGCCAGCUCCGUGUCCUCGCCCCAGCUCAGCCCCUGUCCUGCAGCAUCAGCAAUGCUGGGGUCUUCCAGGGCAGCACGGCCCCAGGUGCUCUGCGAGGGGCUGGGACCAUCCGAACAGAACUGGCCAUGGUGGCCACAGCGGCUGCCCAAGUGCUGCUCUGGCCCUGUGGGCUGGGGAGGGGUCAGGGUGGCAGCGUCGUCGGGCACUGCUAGGUGCUGCCCCUCGGCCCAGGAGGAGGCCUUGAGACGGGUGAUGGCGGAGCAGGGAGGACUGGGCAGGUGGGGACAGUCCCCAGCAUGCUGGGGCCCCUGGCUGGAGGUCAGGCCAACAGGACACUGCCAGGUGGGGCAGGGCCUUGGGACCUGGCGGGUCGACAGAGAGGUUGGACUCAGCCUCUGUUGUGCCCAGGCCCUCUGUGGCGAGGGCUGUCCCCGGGGUUGUGGUGGCCUGUGCCGCACACACCUCUCAGCUCCGUCGCAAUGCCUGUGCACGCCUGCACGAGAAUGUUCCUGUUCCAGCCAAAAGAAAUAAAAUCCUGCUUCCCUGACA